UUUUAUUAUUAUUAUUAUUAUUAUUAUUACUAUUAUUAUUAUUGGUGUACUGGUAUGAUAGGUAGAGAAGAAAUUUUAGACAACAGUUACUUAUCAAGAGAAGUUUUGCUCUAAUUAUUGUGGUGCUUGGCACACUGCUUUGCAAAUAGUCACUGAAACAUGUAUUCAUUUGAACUAGGGGGGCAUAAUUUUCAAAUGUGAGACAGUGUACAGUUAGUGCUAAUUUAGGGGUAAGGGCAGUAUGUACUGUAUUUUGAAGGUCCAUGUAGGUCGAAGCAUAGAGGUUGGGCAGCUCUGUGAAAGAAAUGGGACUUGAGCCUUGAUGAUGGAAAAGAUUCGAAUGGCUGCUGAGAAGUGGGAGAGGUGUUCAGGGAAUGGGGAAUAUUAGAAGUUGAGAAGGGAGGCAAGAAUGAAUGUAGAAUAUGUGGAGGACCAAGAAGGCGGCCUUGUUAUAGAAGAAUUGGGUGAGUGUAAAGGAAGAUAUUGUAUGUAUGUCUGAUGUUUAUAUGUCUGCCUGUGAUCAAUUUAGGUCAAAGUACCUUUCCCCCAUUCUAGACAUGUUGCAUUGUUAAAAAACUACCUGAAAAGUAGUGCUAAAAAUACUUACCAAUGUUGAAGUUGGACUCAUUAUUAAAAGAGGUGGUGUGGGUGGCUGUGGGAAACUACUGGGUUAGAAUUUAGUUUAGUGAGUAGCAGUAUCGCCUGAGUUGAAUUCUUGACUAUUAUUAUUAUUUUGAUUUCCAGUUAAGGAAAUCAAUCAUCCACGAUGACCCCUAGUGUCUGGAAAAUACAGGGAACUGGCUUUACGGAAAGUAGGAAAAUGAGUGUGUGAUUUAGCAAGCACCUACUGGCUGGAUUGAAGUUUUCAGGGAAACUGAUUCACCAGUUGAGCUUCAUUCCUGAACUUGUCUCUUUAAAUUUAUAAAUGCUGUUUCAAAGAGCUAAAUAUUAUUUAGUGUGAUUAUUUUUGUAUCUGUCUUUUCAUGUCAUCUUUAUGGCUGUAACUGUAUGAUGAAAAAAAUUAAUAAAAUUGUGAUAAACUUUUGAAUUAAAAUUUCCUUUUACUUUUAUCAUAGUAGUAACUUUUUUUUUUCUUUUAAAUUAAAUAGGCAAACGUCUUUGGCAGGCACAUUUUAAAGCUUUUCUCCCUCCACUGGGAAAUUGUUUUUACUUUUAAGUUGCGUUUCUGUUUUUCUAUUGUAAAGUGCAGUUCUUUGCAUGUUCUAAUUUGCCAUGACGUGGUCAAGUGCUGUUUCCUUCCUGUUGCUUGCAAGCCUGUGCUAGAGAUAAGGAUACAUUUCAGUGCAUUAAAAAAGAAGCCACCGAAGACAGGCUUAAGCAUGGCCAAGAAGUUCUAGAGAAGAAAAAUUGCAGAAAAACUGCCUCUAUUUUAGUAAAAUCUCAGUGAACCAAGAAAAUUUUGAAGCACCUUCCCUAAAGAAAACCUGGGUAUACAGUAACUUCACAGACUUAGCUUGGUUUUUUUUACCCGAAUUAGUCACUGGAUUCUGCUGCCUGAUACUUGAACCUGCUUGGGAUUUUUCUCAUGUGGAUCUAAGGGGAAUGCUUUAUUAUGGCUGCUGUUGUCCAACAGAACGACCUGGUGUUUGAAUUUGCUAGUAACGUCAUGGAGGAUGAACAACAGCUUGGUGACCCAGCUGUGUUUCCUGCCGUAAUUGUGGAACACGUUCCUGGUGCUGAUAUUCUCAAUAGCUACGCGGGUCUCGCCUGUGUGGAGGAGCCCAAUGACAUGAUUACUGAGAGCUCCCUGGAUGUCGCUGAAGAGGAAAUCAUAGAUGAAGAUGACGAUGACAUCACCCUCACAGUCGAAGCUUCCUGUCACAAUGGGGAUGAAACGAUUGAAACUAUCGAGGCUGCUGAGGCGCUCCUUAACAUGGACUCUCCUGGCCCCAUGCUGGAUGAAAAACGCAUCAAUAAUAAUAUGUUUAGUUCAUCUGAAGAUGACAUUGUUGUUGCCCCAAUCACCCAUGUAUCCGUCACAUUAGAUGGGAUUCCCGAAGUGAUGGAAACUCAGCCGGUUCAAGAGACAUACGUACACUCACCAGGACCCUCAUCACCAGAACAACCUAAGAGAAAGAAAGGGAGAAAAACGAAACCACCACGACCAGAUUCCCCCACCACUACACCCAACAUAUCUGUGAAGAAGAAAAAUAAAGAUGGGAAGGGAAACACAAUUUAUCUUUGGGAGUUUUUACUGGCACUGCUCCAGGACAAAGCUACUUGUCCUAAAUAUAUCAAAUGGACCCAGCGAGAAAAAGGCAUUUUUAAAUUGGUAGAUUCUAAAGCAGUAUCCAGGUUGUGGGGGAAGCACAAAAACAAACCUGACAUGAAUUAUGAGACCAUGGGAAGAGCUCUCAGGUACUAUUACCAAAGGGGUAUUCUGGCAAAAGUAGAAGGUCAGCGUUUGGUGUAUCAGUUUAAGGAUAUGCCAAAAGAUCUGAUUUAUAUAGAUGAUGAGGAUCCAAGUUCCAGCAUGGACUCUUCAGAUCCAUCACUGUCUUCAACAACCACCUCGAGCAGGAACCAAGCAAGCCGGUCGAGAGUAUCUUCAUCUUGCAGUCCAGGGAUAAAAGGAGGAGCCACUACAGUGCUGAAAGCAGGGAAUUCUAAAGCCGCAAAACCCAAAGAGCCCGUGGAAGUGGCACAGCCGUCAGAGGUUCUGAGGACAGUGCCGCCCACGCAGACGCCAUACCCUACGCAGCUCUUCCGGACUAUUCACGUGGUGCAGCCGGUACAGGCUGUUCCGGAGGGAGACACAACCAGCAGCGUGCAGGAUGAAGCAUUAAAUUCCUCCGUUCAGAGUAUUAGGACCAUACCAGCUCCAGCCCAGGUUCCAGUGGUUGUAUCUCCUGGGAACCAGCAUUUGCACACAGUAACACUCCAGACAGUGCCAAUCACGACAGUGAUAGCCAGCACAGACCCCUCAUCAGGUGCGGGGUCUCAGAAGUUUAUCUUACAAGCCAUUCCAUCAUCGCAGCCCAUGACAGUACUGAAGGAGAACGUCAUGCUGCAGUCGCAGAAGCCGGGCUCGCCCCCUUCCAUCGUCCUGAGCCCUGCCCAUGUACAGCAGGUCCUCACCAGCAGCGUUCAGUCCGUUUGCAACGGAACCGUCAGCGUGGCUUCAUCUCCGUCCUUCAGUGCUACCACACCCGUGGUGACCUUUUCUCCUCGCAGCUCACAGCUGGUGGCUCACCCACCUGGCACUGUGAUCACUUCAGUUAUCAAAGCUCAAGAAACAAAAACUCCUGUGCAGGAAGUAGAGAAAAAGGAGGUGGAAGAUAACUUGAAAGAAGGCACUGAAGAAACUGAGCCACAGCCACAGCCUUAUGUGAUGGUGGUGUCCAGUUCCAAUGGAUUUACCUCUCCCGUAGCUGUGAAAAGUGAACUGCUGGAACCCAAUGCUUUCUAAUUAACACACCAAAGGAAUUAUGGGUAGUUGUUUUUUAACUGAGCAUUUUCAAUUGUACGUAAACUGAUUGAUUUCUAAGACAAAUUCUACAAAUGUUCCUAAUUUUGUAGUUACUUGUUAAAAACAGUAACUUAGAGCUAAUUUUGACUUUGUUAGAUGAGAGGAAAACCCAAGUGUUUCUCUUUGUUCUCCAGAUGUUUCAGAAUUCAUUUGUGAAGGAACCAGGCAUUUUAUACUAUGAAGACAUUCUUUUGAGAUUUUUUUUCCAACGGCUAUAUCAUAAACAUUUUUAAAGUUUCUUUUUAAAUUUUAUACCAUAUUAGCUUUUCUGAUUCUUUUGUAAAUACAGUACUUAAAUAUAAGGCAUCAGGAAAUUUAUAGAGGAGCUAUUUUCAUUCCACUUGUAUAGGUUAAGUCUUGACUCUUUCAAAUGCAAGACACCUAUUUUAUGCUUUGUUAAAAUUAUGAUUUCACUUGGAUUGACUUUAGUUUGUUGCACUGUAUAUUGAACUAUGACUAUGUAAAAUAUAACAUUAAAAAUUGAAAUGUGCCCACGAUAUGGCUGAACCUGUUUCCAAAGCAGGAUAGUGUAAAAGCAUCAGCCUACGAGUGGCUCUCGCCUUAGUGUGUAACCGUGGGCAAGCCACUUGAUCUUUCUGGGCCUCGGUUGUCAUCAGAGGAGGGAUGUAUUGGAUUAGACUAGAUGAUCUCUCAUUUCCUAUCUAGUUCUAAAUUUUAUGAUUCUAACCCCUAAGUUUUAAAGUUAUAUCAAUUAAAACAUUAUCAGCUUAUCUCCUAAUGUAAAUAUAGCUAAAAUAUUGCAGAAAAAUUAAUGGCCCUACAAAAUUCAUUUUUCUGUUAUCUGUAAGAUCUGCUAUGAACUGAAUUCUUCCUAAAUACUUUGUUCAUUAACUUUCUAGGCCACUGUGCAUUGUGGUCCCCUAGUAGUCUUACGCUGCUGAGUGCUAAAUGAUAAACUGCUAUUCUGAAAGAGUCAGGGCUCUUUAAGAUCCCAGAAAGCAACCAAGCCUUGGGCUAACCUGACUUAGUCAGUUGCUAUAAAAGCGUAAUUGCUUUAUAUUUUGGAUCAUUUUUUUAUUGGGAGUGGGGGGAGGGGGAAUUGCAUACAAAGAUAAUAUACAUAUAUAUCCAAGUUUCUGAAAUGAAAUAGUUUUUAGAUUACUUUUUCAGCUGUAAAUAAUGUACAUUUAAUUUCACAAGAAAAAUUGUUUUCUGCAAAUUUUCUAGUAUAGCAAAAAAAAUUUUUGUAGAUGAAAAAAAUCACUAUGUUUAGAGGUCUAAUGUUAUAUGUUUUCAUAUUACAAAGUGAAUUUGUAUUUAAACAAAAAUUGAAAUUUUGGAAUCCUCUAAACGUUUUUGUAUCUUUAAUUGGUUUAUUAUUAAAUAAAUCAUGUAAAAAUU